UUGUAACUGAUAUUGUGGCUUGAUUUAUUUUCCUCUCUUUUGUCUUUCAGCACGGCGGAGGGAUUUUUUUCCGGCUCAGACAACUCCACAGUAACAGGCUGGGAGACUUUCUUACAAGCGUUGGGUUAUUUCCUCAAAAUGUUUUUUGGUUCUGCUGCUCUGGGAACACUCACUGGACUCAUCUCGGCUAUUUUUCUAAAACACUUCGAUCUGAGGAAGACUCCUUCGCUAGAGUUUGGUAUGAUGAUAAUCUUUGCGUACCUUCCCUAUGGACUGGCAGAAGGCAUCAAACUGUCUGGAAUAAUGUCCAUCCUGUUUGCGGGAAUCGUGAUGUCUCACUACACCCAUCACAACUUGUCUCCUGUCACCCAGAUCCUCAUGCAGCAGACACUGCGCACAAUGGCCUUCAUGUGUGGUCAGUGAAUUUAGUCUUUUCCCCGGUGUCUUCCCAUUUCGCCCCUUCCCAAUUCACCCCUA